AUGUUCAAGUCAAACGGAUUCGAAGAUUUGGAAGGUUUAAACGGAUUCGAAGAUUUGGAAGGUUUAAACGGAUUCGAAGAUUUGGAAGGUUUAAACGGAUUCGAAGAUUUGGAAGGUGUAAACGGAUUCGAAGAUUUGGAAGGUUUAAACGGAUUCGAAGAUUUGGAAGGUUUAAACAGAUUCGUGAGAAAAGCCUCGUUUUUUCUGAGUACAAAUAGAAGGAAAGCUUUUCAACUAGUUUAUUUUGGGCGGAAUUUUCUCAACAAAAUAUUAAAAGUACCCUAACGAAAGAGAGUUUUUAAUUUUCUCUGCACGGAUAUAAUACUUCAGUUUUGUCAAGAACUAGUUGUAGUGAUUGCUCGGACUAGUGUGGGAAUAUGAAUGAGUGAAAGGAUAACACUUUGGCAAUAGGACCGGCUCUAGUUUCAUUGGUUAGUCUCAAGCAAACAUCACUUAUGGGAAAAAUCUAGAUACAUUUCGUCUGUAGUUGGGCGAUACACGACUAGUUGCCAUCUAGAUUACUAGUUAAAAAAUGGACUUUUAACUAGAUGUGUGUGUUACUAGCAAUACUUAAAUCGAGUGAUAAGUCGAUAGUUGUUAUUAUAUCUUACCGACGUAAGUGUUUUAAGUAAGAAAUAGAUGUGGGAGUUGACCAGGGAUACCAGAUCCAAAGCAAGAAAACCAGAAAUACCUCAGAAAACGAAGUUCAAAAUCAGAGAAUCAAUAGACCUUUGAGCAAAACAGAGCAAAAAUGAGGCAGAAAAAGUUUCAAAAACUAGAAAUUUUCUACGAAAGCGUUUUUAUAUCGCAUUUGCUUAUGGACAAAACCGUCAGCAUAAAUCACACUUUUAAAAAACAGAUAAGAAUGCGGUCUCUGGUAUCGCGGUUUGCUGAUACAAACCGCACUGUCCAGUCAGGUGGAAAACGUAGCAUCAUCGAACAGCCGUUUUAUUGAUGGAAACCACGGUCUGGAAAUCAUUAAAGACCUUGAUGAAGAUAAAUCGAAGUUUAAAUAGUAAACAUCUUGGUUUAAGAAACUGCUACGCUGAGUGGUAUCCACAAACCGCGGUUUAGAUCGAGUUUACGGCGGUAUAUAAAAUCGUAAAAAGUAUGGUUUCAGAUACCGCGGUUCAUUCUCACUAAAUCGCACCCCUUUGAAACCGCGGUUUUCGUCGGUACCAUCAUCGCAACUCGUUUCGAUCAAAACGCGGCUUCUCAAAAUCGUAGUUUUCAUAGGUUUUCUAAACUGCAGUUUGGAUCCAGGAAAUCGCGGUUUGGCGGUACCUCGGUGAGAUAACCGCGGUUUUAUUAGAAAAAUUUCUCCGUGGACACCUUAAGUGAAACGACAACCCUUUCCUCACGUCAUGUUUUAUCCUCUAGUACACCGCUCAGAAUUUUCUCUUUGUCCAACUUUAAUUCACCCAAUUACUUUUUAUUGAACAGACAAUGUUGUUACAACUAAAUGUUUAUAUAUGAUUCUAGCGAAGUUUUAGUGUAGUAC